AUCGACCACUAUCAUCAGCGAUAUCAAACUACUUUUCUUACUAUCGCACAGUAUUCUCUGAACAACAUGUCUGCAGACAGUGACAAUCCGGCGUCUGCUUCUCAAAUGUCUUCCGUCGAAAGCACCCCUACCUCUGCCUCAGACCUGCCACAGGAAAUUAUCGACACUAUCGUCGAUGAAUUUUUUGUAGACACCGUCACACUUAGGCUGUGCAGCACUCUAUGUCGAUCAUUCUCCUCCCGUGCUCGUGCCCUCCUCUUCCGGACAAUCUACCUGGCCCCCAAUAAAUGUUCCAAGUUCGAAUCCAUUUGUCUUAGUUCCUCCGAAAUCCCUUUACUCGUGAAACAUAUCUCUUUCAACAAUUUCGGCGCCAACCCAAGCCUAGCAUGCAACGUGAUGAAAGCUGCUAUCAAUUUGGAACAAAUAUCGCUGUUCCAGUGUGAUCUUCUACCCUUCGCGUACUUUGUCCAAGAACUUGAGCCGGCGUGCCGUAGUUCCGUUACUCGCAUCUCCGUCCAGUCAUGGGGGCUGCGGUUCAAAGAGAUCUGUCUCUUGCUUGACCAAUUUCCUUCAACAGACCUAUUGUACUUGGAGGGUCAAACGGUCAAGGUGCUUGAAUCCAAAGCGUUCGUGGCGACGCUCAAGGGAGGACAGGGGCUUCCGAUUCUCAGACUAGAUCUUCGCAUUUCGCAGGAACUGAGCCCAUUCAUUGACUGUUUCCGUUCUGUGGGCAAUUUGGAUGUCCCAUUCUCUGUCAGUCGGCUCAGAUACUUGUCCGUCGAUUUUGUGCGUUGUUGGGAUUUACCCCAGCUGGAUGCCUUUUUGAAGGAGACGUCCAACACGCUGGAGGAACUGCAAUUUAUCUGUUGCGAUUAUCCUUAUGACUGGAAAAGUGCCACGUCACUGAUGAAUAUAUCCCAUCUGCGGCGUCUCUCAUUCAAUCUAAGAUACGGAGUCACUGGGCUCAACGUGACCGAUUCAUCCGACUGUCCCAUCGCGCAUUGGUGGCAGCUCAAUCUUGCUGCUAUCGGCAGCGUUUCUCGUAUCGAACACAUAGUAAUUUCGGUCGUGCUCUCCGAAUACAAUAUGGAGUACUUGGACACUGCGAUGUGGUCAAAAUUUGAUGCUGUCCUUAGCACUCCUUUAAUGGCAUCACUGAAAUCAGUGACCAUUGAUAUCAGUUACCGGUUCACGCGUCUUGUGUCUCAUUUGCCUCGUAUCCGAAGAGACGUAAACAAAGCAUUCGUAGCUCUUCGGGAACGGCGGCUGCUCAGUUUCCAAUCGUCGCGUAUAUAUUCAUGAUACCCUACGUAUUUAAAUACGACGAUGCGCUUGCUUCUUUACAAUAUUACGCACCAUCGUGUCCAUCAGAAAUUACGCAUCACUCAAAGCUCAAAGACUCCUCACUACUGCAUUAUCUACUGAUUAGCACUAUUUGAAAUAACCAAAUUCUCGCCUUUUGACGCAAGUCGCC